AUGCCCGCAAACUCACAAGAAGGUGAGAAGCCGACGGAAGUGGAGAAAACAGAAGUGCUUGAAACACUAGCCAAGAAGUGGACGAAGUUUCCAGGUAUCGAGGAACGCGGUGUAUCAGGCCGGAUCGUUCUGGCAGGCAACCAUAUAACGAGGCCGGACCUUGAUGCCAACUGGAAUAUUGUGGCGGCUGCAAUUGAGGCUGUGGGCUCUAGGCCCAGUGUCUACGCACUUGAAGAUGCAGUGGUGCAUUUCUUCCACCUUACCCGUCCCAAAGGAAAACCACCCGUCCCCAGCCUCUCGCAAAUUUUGCCGUACGCAAGGAUGGAGGAUCAGGAAUAUGAUCACGAUGUUCGACGUUCUUCAAGUUCACUGCCAGACGUGGGCAGUGACGAAGAGGAUGUUGCUGACUGCGAGGCUGGGUGA